AUGUUUGAGCCUCAUGACAAAGAGAAGGCGCUACACGCUACUCCAGAAGAACUCCCAGAAGUCGAAGUCGGAGAGGUAAAAGAUGUCAAGAAUGCAGAUGCUGCACUUGACUUCUUACGGCAUGAGGGCGAGGGAGUAGAGAUGACGGCGGAGGACGAGAAGAGAUUGGUGAGGAAGAUUGAUUGGAUGAUCAUGCCGUUGAUGUGGUGUUGUUACGUGGCGCAAUACCUGGACAAGACAUUGAUCAACUAUGCUGCUGCUUGGAUCUUCUAUGUUACGUACCUCGCUUUUGAGUUUCCUCAUGGCUAUGGUAUGCAGCGUUUCCCUACUGCCAAAUAUUUGGGCGUUAUGGUCCUGCUCUGGGGUACCAUCGUCACCGUCACUGCUGCUUGCCACUCGUACGCUGGUCUUAUCAUCACCAGAGUUCUGCUCGGCUGCUUCGAAUCUGCAGUUGCGCCGUCAUUGAUGCUCAUUACAACCAUGUGGUACAAGAAGAACGAACAACCUCCUCGCACUGGCAUUUGGUAUCUCGGCACUGGUACUGGCACAAUCAUUGGCUCUCUGCUUUCCUAUGCCUUCCAACAUGUCCACUCGACAUCCCUCUACUCUUGGCAGAUCCUCUUCCUGGUCGUUGGACUACUCACCAUUUGUAUUGCUAUCACCGUGAUCCUGAUCUUCCCGGACAACCCGAUGACCUCGCGCCUCUCCCAUCAAGAAAAGAUCUGGGCCAUUGAACGUCUACGCGAAAACCAGACUGGUAUCGAGAACAAGCACUUCAAAUCCAACCAAGUACUCGAAUGCUUCUUGGACCCACAAACCUGGUUGCUGAGCUUAAUAACAAUAUCAUCAUCGGUUCCUAAUGGUGCCGUAUCGAGCUUCCAGGCUACACUGAUCAAAGGCUUUGGUUAUAACAGCAAGGAGACUGCUUUACUCCAGAUCCCUGCUGGUGUGUGUAGUGUGGUCUCUAUCUUAAUUGCCACCUACCUGGCAGGACGAUUUGACCAAAGAGGGUUAAAUGUGAUCACACUUCUCAUACCCGGAAUUCUCGGAGGAGCAUUGAUGGCUUUCCUGCCCGGCGACAACAAAGCAGGAAAGCUGAUUGGAAACUAUCUUACCAAUUGCAUUGGAGCAAGCUUGCCAUUGCUGUAUUCGUGGGUUGGUGCCAAUUAUGCAGGUCACACCAAGAAGGUCACUAUGAACGCUAUCCUGCUCAUCUCCUUCUGUCUGGGCAACAUCAUUGGCCCAUUGACCUUCCGCGCCGCCGAUGCCCCCAACUACAUUCCUGCAAAGAUCACCAUCAUAGUAACUUGCGCUGCUGCUGUGGUGCUCACUUCGUUACUCAGAUUCUACUACAUGUGGGAGAACAAGAGAAGAGAUAGAGUCAGUGAACAAAUGGGCCAGACACACAAAGCCGAUAUUGAGUUUGCAGAUGUCACGGACAGAAAGAAUGCAGAGUUUAGAUAUAGAUUGUAA